AUGCAGAUCCCUCCAAAGAAAGUCAUUAUGUCCUGGCCCCGGCCGAACUAUGAGCAUCCAAAAGAACUUCGAGGGCCUGGGUUGAUUAUAUUGACAGCCAUAUUCGCCCCGUUGACUGCCGCUGUCGUUGCCAUCCGCUUGUUCACUCGUAUUCGAAUAUCAAAGAGUUUUGGUACCGAUGAUAUACUCAUAGUUGCUGCAGCAAUUCCGGCCAUUGCCUGUGGUGUAAUUACAGUCCUGGGCACGAUCAAGUAUGGAUGGAGUCGACAUGUCUACGAUGUACCGUUCGACCAGCUUGUCCUGGGACUGAAGCUCACUAUGGCGUUGGAGUGUCUCUUUGGCAUCAGCUGCGCUCUCACGAAGCUAUCCCUCCUCUUCUUUACGCGGAAAAUGAUUUCGGGAAUAAAUUCAAAGAUCUUGAAGUGGCUCGUUUUCAUUACCAUUGCCAUAGUUGCGGCUGAAAUGGUCAUCUUUUGCAUUGUGGUCAUUUUCACCUGCCGCCCAGUAUCAGCCUACUGGACUCUAAGUCUCCACCCCCAGGAAUGCAUCAACGAAACGGCACAUCUCCUGAUCGGUACAAUCAUUAACAUAUUCACGGAUCUCUUGGUUGUUAUCUUGCCAAUACCGACCGUCAUGGGCCUCAAGUUGCCGUACAGACAGCGUAUCGUCUUAGCCCUCCUUUUCGGCGCUGGUUUCGCAGUCUGUAUUGCAGGCAGCGUCAAAACCUACUAUGUCCAUGCAUAUAAUGUCUCGUAUGACAAAACCUGGGAUUCCUACCCCGUCUGGAUCUCAGGCACCAUCGAGCUGUACCUCGGCGUUCUUGCUGCUUCGUUGGCCUCUCUCAAGCCGUUCUUCGCCCGCUACCUCCCCGCAGUCCUGGGCACAUGGUCCUCCCAACGAGGCGGUCCUUCUGAUUAUUCCAACUCCCGGUCUCGCGGACGGCGAGGAGACAACGGGUAUGUUAGUGAUAGCAACGGCGGAAUUCUCAACAGCUACCAUACGACAACGACCGUCGCGUCUGCAACCCCAAAUGGUAUCGAGUUUGUAAACCUGGAUAAGAAAGGGGUGAUGGUGUCCAAAUACAUAACAUAUGAAGCCAACAAUGUAUCGAAACCUUCAAGCAUUCGGUCCGCGGACGCAACAUCAGAGUCGGAACUGAGGCUGACAUGACCUAGAUUUACUAACUCUUUCAUCUUUUUUGUUUCAAUGUGUGCAUUGUUACGGCGGCAGGAUGGUGGCAGGAUUGGGUUUCGUCGGCAUCUUCUAGGCUCUUUCGAUAUAUCGAGUUUUAAUGUGACGAAGAAGUGUUUUUUGAGGCACAUAAGCUAUGUAAUUAGGUAACUAACUAACUUGUUAACUAACUAGGUAAUUGGUUGACUGACUGGCAAAGCUUUGCUAAAUCUCAGUAGACUCCCGCAGUUAACUAGUUAGAUGGCCUAAAGGUAACCUAUUCCAGGCUUAAACGCGGCUAGGGAUGACAUCUGGCAUGGUCUGCCCCGUAUGUGUUAAAGUGAUGUUUGUUUUUGCCCAGCUAGUCUAACUCGGUAGUCAUCGACAGGGGCUGCGGGAUGCAAACAUACCCCAGGGGGCAGCUCGGUGUAACAAGCUUCGGUUGGCGGAUGCUUGUCUGCCGCUGGCGCGAAAGCCGACUGAUAUCAACCAGGCGUGGCUAUUAUUCCUCCGUACGAGGUCUCUGUCUGCCGAGCUAACUAGUUACUUGGUACAUAGCAGACAAGAGGUCUAGAUUUACCGUCGGAGAGCUGUAUUAGAGGAGAUGCAUCCUUUGUGCAUCUUUUGUCCUACACGGUCCCUAGGCAUUGGUCUUGCAAGGUGGCAGAUCAGGUCAUCUAGACGUGAUAGAACGUGGAUUCUAUUUGCAUCGGGUCUAUAUGUGAACUAAAAAGCUGACCUCUAUCCGACCCAGACCGUCUAUAGACCAGGUGAUAAGUAAGAAGCACCCCCAAAAGACAGAAUCAAAAUGCCCAGUGCGUGUGUAUGUAUGUCUCCCAUGCUCCGUGGCUAUGCAUGCGUCGUAUCAUUUCAAGCCCACCACUUCUUUCUCUUCUCCUGGAGAUCAACGAGCUGGUUCUGGAGCUUCUUCAGCUCAUCGAUGCGGGACGCCUCGGUGUUCAGAACCCGCAGAUGUUCCUUUUUCAAGUCCUCGAAGGCCUCGUCGAGCUGUUUGUGCCACGGAUAUAGGACGAACACCUGGAAGCACAGGGCGGAGGAGGCGACGAAGAAGUUGGUCAAGCUGAUGCCGCGGG